UAGAGGAGUGAGAAGCCUGCAACAGGAGUUAGCAACAGAACCAAGGAAGAGGAACCAAGGGCCUCUGUGGUGUGAAAGAGUGCCACAGUCACAUGUCUCUACCAGUUCAUUUCACCUCACACUGUUCCAUAGGCAGGCAGUGGAUUUCCGUACAGUGGAUUUAAAUGGGCAACCUUUAGAUGCUGCCGUGUUCCAAGUGUUUCAAGUGUUGGUAAUUAGCUAGCUCCGUCUCCCAGCAUCACAGGGGCUGUGUUACCAUGGCAACUAGCAAGCAGACCUUUGUGAGAGCUACUGAGAAUCAGUACUCAGUGUCUACUCAGAGAGAGGAAGAGAUGCAUGUAAAGGCCCCUUUAACAACAAUGUAUGUCCACAACGGUUCUGCCCCUGGACUGCAACCAUAUCGUCAUGCUCCACCUGGGGCCUUGCAGGAUGCAAUGGUUGUACCACUGUUUGUGCCAAGAAUGUGCAGCAACCAGCCUCUGCCCGCUCUGACAUUGCAUAUAGCCAGCACUACAGAUUUGCAGCAACAAAGGAUGAGUGCUCCAGCAACCUCAUCCAGACCCAAGUCUAUCGGAAAGCAUGUUUGUCCACACUGUGGUAAGGACUGUCUGAAACCCAGUGUGCUCGAGAAACACCUACGCUGCCACACAGGAGAAAGGCCGUAUCCCUGUACCACCUGUGGCAUAUCUUUUAAGACACAGAGUAACCUUUAUAAACACAAGCGCACCCAGGCUCAUGCCCGCCUCUCCAGUGAAUCUGACAAGGGCUCUUUCAGCAGUCAGGAGAGCACAGAUAUUUCAAAGGAAAACUGUAUCAGUUCAUCUCCUGAGAUGCACGGUAAAGAUUCAGCUGAUAUGAAGAACACUGAUGGGGUUUUUCCUGCAGUGACAGUGACAACUCAUUGUCAAGUGCACAAGUGCAUAGAGUCUGGCACAGAAUGGCCAUUACACAAGACUGCCAUGGACGGAUUUAGCACAACACUAACACUGCAGGACAAAGUCAAUACUUCAAGCAAAAAUGUGGAGUUAUCAUUUGAGAGUAAAGACAGUUGUGCUCACAAAAACAGAAGCACCUCAGGUGAAAAUGGGCAUGUACCACUAACUUCAAACCGGACACCCCUUCAGAGGCAAGAAGCUUUAUUUUCUAAGCCAUGGGAGUCUCCCGGAUCCCGGAGAAAGUCUCAGAGCCAUGACAGCACAGACUCUGGUUUUAGUGAUAGCAGUGAGCUUCAUUCAUCCAGCAGUCCUGGGUUAAGCUUACACGAUCCUAGUAUGGAAUCAUUACCAGAAACCACUAUGAAACAUCAAGAACUAUGUGCCUCCCAAGCACCCUUAAAAAUGAGCCCUGAUGACAUCAAAAGCAAUGUAUCUAUUCAGGAGAAACAAAAGCUGGAGGAACGUAUUUCAAAGCUUAUUCAUGAAAACAGUGUUUUGGUGGAGGAUAAACAACUGGAAAAUGUCCGUCCAAGGAAGACUGUAUUGUCGAAGCAAGGAAGCAUUGAUCUUCCUGUGCCGUACACUUAUAAAGAUUCCUUUCAUUUUGAAAUAAGGAGCAGCAAACAUAUCGCAAGCUCCCAAAAACAAGACAGAGGAGGCGGGGAUAUUUACAGCUCUAUGCCUACACAGGACUUUACUAGCCUGGAGCAUGCACCGUUAACACGAAGCAGUUCUUUACCUUUUACCAUGGGUGGCAAAAAUAGUGAUGGAGCAGUUAACCCAAAUAUAAGUAGAAGAUGUAGUGCAGGGCAUGUUAACCUAUUUGGAUCAACAGACCAACAAGCACCAAUUCAUCGCUCACUAGUGAGACAGGUAGCAGUUGAUUGCCUGUCAAGUUUAAACGGAUCCUCGGUUGACAGAGGUAGUAUUAGUAGCCUUAGCUCAGAUGGAGACAACACUGACACUGGAACAGAGACAAAUAUAAAAGGAAACUACAGGAAGAAAACACAGAAGUUUGACUACACAAAAUGGCACACAUACAAAGGUGGAACAUUUCGGAAGCUCUACAACACUGGCAGAGACAGUCCUCUUAAGACCAAAAAGACUACAUCUAGCAUUGAGCAAACAGACAGUCUGGAAAUUCAAGUUAGCCAACCAAGAGACAGUGUAUCUGUGUCUCCAAACUUUACUUCCUGUUCUUUUGUGUGUAACCCCCAAACUGCCGAGAUGUCUUUAGCACAGAAACCAAACCAGGUCACUUCAUACAUUCUUCUGAAAAGUCCUCUGGGGAAAACAGUAGAAGAACCCAAGCAGAUGUUGAUGUUACAAAAUACUCAAAGCUCUGACUUCCAUAUCCCAUCAGAGAGAAAGAAACAGCGAACUGGGAGCAAUGUGCACAUGCCCACUAUGACAGGUCCUUCAAUUAGACAGGUAAAUGCAAAUCUGUGGGGUUUAAUGAGUAAACCGUUUCCGUCAACUUGUGGAACACACAGUUCCAUCAAAGGUCCAGCACAAAAAGGCAACAAGCCAAAUCUUCAGGCACAGAACAGCUUCAUACAAUUUUCAAAGGCAAAUCAGUUGUUGUGUAAAACAACCAGCCCUGCUUUUUGUUUGAUCAAUAUGGAGGGGACAUCUGCCACACCUUCUGUUUCAACCAAUAGUUUUACUCUGCCUGAAGCCAAGACCAGCUUUCCUCCCAAGUACCAACUAAAGAUUCCUUCUUCUGCAGAUGGAGUGUCGACGUCCUGCUCUUCUCCAACCCUUCCAGGAUUCAGUCAAAGCCAUCCAACAACAGUUCAAUGUCAUCCAGAGAACGCUUUUCCAAACUUAAAACAGAGUCAGGGUCUCUCAAAAGUCCCACCUUUUGAACAGAGUAAGCAAUGUAAAUUGUGUGAAACCACCUCGAUACACACAGAUUUCUCCUCAUUGCAGAAUCAAACAAACACUUUAUCUAAAGUUUUGACACAGCUUCAGCCAACCAAACCUACAUCAGUUUCACACAUUUCACCUGUUGCACUUCCAACAGUGCAGCAACAACAAAGUAGUUGUACGAAGGAUGUGGUGGAAAACCAGUCAACCAAUCCUGUAUCAUCCUCUCAUCCUCUCAAAACUUCAGAGAACAUUCAGUCAUUCACAUCAGUAAGUUGUUCUGGAUCUGCUAAUACAACUAUACAAAUCUACCCUUCAGCAACUAUGUCAUCCACAAUUCAAAAUGACCAUGUCCCCCCUGUGUUUACAUUUGAGAAACCCUCUGGGCUUACAGAAGACACAGAAUUUACUUCCUCUAAAAUGGCUACUGAUGACUUUCAAAGCUCCCAUUCUGAGGGAAAAGUGACACUUUGGAGUGGUUCAACACAGUCCCAGGCUCAAAACACAUUUUAUGUACGAACAGCAGAUCUUCAGAUUGUCAUGCAGCUGAUUUCUGAUGAACAGUUGGCACUAAUAGAGCCUCAAAUUGAAAAAAUAGAUUUCAAGCCAGCAGAAAGUUGUUCUGUGACUAGCAUUUGCACAAAUCAAAUAUCUCUUUCACAAGAGGUGUACAGUGAUGAUGUGACCACUGUGGGUGUGACACAGGACAUGGUUAAUUCAGAAAACAAAGAACAAAUUGCUACUUUUUCAAACCUUCAAAAUGCAAUACAUAAUUCUAGUGCAAACCUCGGCACUCCAUGUGUUUCAUCUUGGUCACAUCCACAGAAAAAGUUUCAUAUCUCAGCCUCAACAGGACAAUUCAAUGAAACAGAUAAGAUACCAAAGAAUUUCCACGAUAGAAAAUCUGUUGGGUUUAAUGUUACCACAGAGUUGCAUCACAAUCAAGCGUCUGGUGACAAACUAAGUGAACUUGAUUUAGUAGACAAGAAACAGGACAACAAAGAUCACAGUUUUGUUCGUAACCUAGAUACAGUAAACUAUUUAGACUCUAAAGUUACUUUCAGCCAGGAUCAAUCAGACACGAAACAAGAACUUAAUAUUGAAAAAUUUGUUUUAAAAGAAAAGUUUUGUUUAAUAGAUUCAAAUCACACACAAACAAUAAAAAAUAUUAAUCCAGAGGAGGCUAACAAAACAAGGCCUCUCAUGCCAGUCACAUUAUUAAGAGAUAUUGAAGGGGUUCAACUGAACAGUCUGACAACUUCACAAAAUGGAUCUUGUUUUGCUGACAAAAUGAUCCAAAUGACAACUCUCACAGAAUCACAACAGAUGCAAAAAGUGUUAAUCUCCACAACACAACCUGAUCAGAGCAAGUCAUGCUGGGCUGCAUGUUCAGCUACAGAAGAAAUGAAAACAUGUAGCACAGGUGAGCUCAAGCUUAGAGCCCAUAGGAACGAAACUUUCUCUUCACACCAAACAACUACACACCAUGAAAUUCAGAAGGACUUUGGACGGACUCAUGUUGACUACAUUGAAAAUGUUAAAGCCUACACCGUGACACCAAACAGGACUUCUAAUUCCAUUACUGAGGACAACUCUGAAUUUGGAAAUACUCCUGUCCAUACACACCAUGAUAAUCUGGAUAUAUUUACAGGGGCUGGGGAGGACGGUGCCCUCAAAAACUUAUGGUUUCAGAUGGACUCAAAGACAGACAGCAGGGAAUCAGACCCCAGAGAACCUGAGAGUGGUGUUACAGAUGAAGAGAAACCAGGCCCAAAGAUGACUGAUAUAAACAACACAUGCAAGAGCUGUGAGAACAAUGGCAAAAGCAAGGAAGAGUCCUGUGAGGAUCAUCAGACAGCAGAUCAAGCUCACCAUUGUCUCUCCCAGGAAGUGAUUAAUGCGUCCCUCAACAUUUCAAACCCAACUCACAAUGAGAACUUCAGCGUUCCAAACAAUCCUGCACCAUCUGUUUGCAACAUCUUCUCACAGACGUCUCCAUCUCAAGGUCAAGAGGGAUUUAACAACUAUGCCAGGAGAGACAGUGAGGAUGAAGUCUUUGGAAAAGGCACUUCUCAAGAGACAAGCCAAAGUGAGACAACCUCUCCUGCCUAUGGGAUUAUUUUGCCUUCUCCAGGUUUGGAUGGAGACAGAUUUUCCAUUCAACCGUGCAGACAUCUUUUGGUCCCUCCACUUAUGGUAAACGGCAAGCAAAAGGAAAUUCAAAAGGAAACACAGACAAGGAACAAUAUGACCCUUUGGACUUAUGGCACUCAAACCCAGGUUAUCUCACCACAAAACAAACAGAAUAGCGCAAUUAUAUCAGGCAGUGUAUGGCAAAACCAUGGCAGUGCAUCAGUGACUGAGGUAGUCAGCACAAGUAGGACCCCAGCAUCCUGUGUUGCACUGAUGAGUUUCAAUUCCCCACAUAAAACUUACAAUCAAAUCACUCAUACUAAUCAAACAGGUUCAUUACCCACGGUUAGUAACUCACAUACAAACUUUAAAUUAAUGUAUUCAGGCAAUAGCAGUUACCUAGAACAUGAGGACAGUAACAGCAGCAGUGAUGAUGAGCAAAAAUUAGUAAUUGAACUUGAGUAACACACACAC